CAAGGACUGCAGAAAGAGUGCAACAGAUGAAUUAUGGGAGAUAUCAUUGAAGGUGUGGUUUGAAUAUGUAUGCUGUACAUGCAGUACAACCCGAAAACAGGAAGAAACAGGAUGAGAAGUAUCCUCAUGGAAUGGACUAUUAGAUCACUUCUCACCUUCAGACAAAACCACACAAAGAAACAUAUACGGAGGCAGGGUGGUAUUCAGUUGUUGGUGGACCUGUUGGAUCACAGAAUGGCUGAAGUACACAGAAGCGCCUGUGGUGCCCUGAGGAACCUUGUUUACGGCAAAGCCAAUGAUGAUAAUAAAAUCGCUCUGAAAAACUGUGGUGGGAUUCCUGCGCUGGUCCGCCUGCUGCGUAAGACCUCUGAUGUGGAAGUCAGAGAAUUGGUCACAGGUGUGUUGUGGAACCUGUCCUCGUGUGAUGCUCUGAAGAUGCCUAUAAUCCAGGACGCUCUAGCCGUCUUGACCAACACCGUGAUUAUACCCCAUUCCACCUGGGACGUGUCCCCACAUCAGGAGGACCGCAAGCUUCAAAUGCACACAUCUCAAGUACUUCGCAAUGCCACCGGCUGCCUGAGGAAUGUGAGUUCGGCAGGAGAGGAGGCUCGACGGCGGAUGAGAGAAUGCGAGGGUCUGACUGACACGCUGCUUUUCGUCAUCCAGACUUCCCUCGGAAGCAGCGAGAUUGAUAGCAAGACCAUAGAAAACUGUGUAUGCAUUUUGAGGAACCUCUCGUAUCGGCUUGCAGCUGAAACGUCUCAGGGACAGCAGAUGGGGACGGACGAGCUGGACGGCCUCCUGUGUAGCGAUUCCAGCGGGAAGGAAGGAGAGACCUCGGGCUGCUGGGGAAAGAAGAAAAAGAAGAAGAAGUCCCAGGACCAGUGGGAUGGUGUGGGACCACUGCCAGAUACUGCUGAGCCCCCCAAAGGGAUUCAGAUGCUGUGGCAUCCUUCGAUAGUAAAGCCCUACCUCACCCUCCUGUCUGAGUGCUCAAACCCGGACACGCUGGAGGGAGCCGCUGGGGCACUGCAGAAUCUGGCUGCUGGGAGUUGGAAGUGGUCAGUGUACAUCCGUGCGGCAGUGAGGAAAGAGAAGGGUCUGCCAAUCCUUGUGGAGCUGCUGAGGAUAGACAACGACCGUGUGGUGUGUGCCGUCGCUACCGCACUCAGAAACAUGGCCUUGGAUGUCAGAAAUAAAGAGUUAAUCGGUAAGUAUGCCAUGCGAGACCUGGUGCACCGGCUCCCGGGUGGGAGCAAUGCUAGCGGAAGCAGCGGGGGUACGGCAAACAGCACAGCGGGUAAAACCAUGUGCGAUGACACCGUUACGGCUAUAUGCUGCGCCCUACACGAGGUCAUCACCAAGAACAUGGAGAACGCCAAGGCCUUACGAGACGCCGGUGGCAUUGAGAAGCUCAUCGGUAUUGCUAGGAGUAAAGGAGAUAAACACUCACCUAAAGUGGUAAAGGCAGCAUCUCAGGUUCUCAGUAGCAUGUGGCAGUACAGAGAUCUCCGGAGCCUUUAUAAGAAGGAUGGCUGCUCACAGUAUCACUUUGUUGGCUCGGCCUCAACAAUAGAGAGAGACAGACAGAGACCGUACUCAUCCUCACGCACUCCGUCAGUAUCUCCAGUCCGGACGUCCCCUAAUAACCGAUCAGCCAGCGCCCCCGCCUCACCCAGAGAGAUGAUCAGCCUCAAGGACAGGAAGAGUGACUACGACUCCACUGGAACCAAUGCCAGUUACCAUGGAAACAAAGGAGAGCUCACUUCCAGAAAAGACACAAUGGCAGUUCAAACCUCCUGUGGAACAUCCACAUUGUUCCGGAACUCGUACGAGACUUCAAAUGACGAGAUCAAACACAACCAGGUCCCAGUGCCGCCCGCACCACAGGAGCCCCCGCGCAAGGACUACGAGGCAUACCCCAUCUAUCAAAACUCCACUAGGAACUUUGAGGAGCCAUUUUUUGAGGAUCAGGUUCAUCGUCCCCCUCCCGCCACCGAUCUGAAUAUGCACCUGGGACUCAAGUCCACCGGGAAUUAUGUGGACUUCUACUCUGCCGCACGGCCCUAUAGCGAACUCAACUACGAAACGAGUCACUACCCCGCGUCCCCCGACUCUUGGGUUUAGGAAUUUGAGCACAUAGAGGCCAGGAAACUGCAUGUGCAUGCAUAUCACAAACCCUUUUUCAGAGAGUUUUGUUAGUCUAAGCUGGUUCCAUGGCGAAUAAAAAAAAAAGAAAGCGAGAGAGAGAGAAAAGAAGGCCUUGACAGAGAGAGAAAGAAUGCGUGUGAGAUGAGAGAGAGCACAUACUUUAAAGAGACGCGAAAGCUUAACCUUUGGAGUAGAAAGUGGGUUAUGUAUUGAAAGGUAUUUGAAAAGUGUAGUGGCAAAAAAAAAGAAAUAUAGCAGAGGAAGAUGAGGUAUGUAAGCACAAGAAAAUUACUUUUGUAAAAUGAGCUACGGGAACAGCUUUUCACCAUUUUCAAAACUUUCUUUUCAUUCAUUUGAAGUCACGGUUGAUCAAAAGCUUUUUCUUUACACAUUUUCCCCCUCUAUUUUUUUUUAUUUGAUGUAAAGUAUUUGGAGUACAUUAAAGAAAUGCAUUACACAAGUGCAUUGUGUAAAUUACACAGACCACUCAGUUCUUCCCAUGGCUUUGGGUAUUUGUUUUACAGUACAAGAAAAAGACAAAAAAAAUAAAAAAUCCUCGGAGAGAUGUGUUAACCUUCAGUGUCCAUUCCCCAAAAUUACGUUAGAAGAGCAAGGAUGUAAAUGCCAGUAUUGUUCAUUCUGAAAAUGUGAAUAUGUCUGUGGAAACUAAAACAAAAGCAGAUGAAGACCAGAGCAUCAUUCCACUCUCCUCGUCGAUGAAGUGCUUUCUCACUGCCUACAAAAAUAGAUGUAGAUUUUUGACAUAGAUUCUUUUUUCAAUUUCACUUUUUUCUUUCUUGGUGACUCAGUGUGGAAUAAAAAUAAAUGCGGCUAUUUAUCAUCCAUAUUUGCAGGAGAACUGUCUGUUUUAGACCUUGAUCUCAGUUUUCUGUGCUAACUGACUGUGCCAAAUUUUAAAAUCUCUUCAAUCAGCACUGGGGACAUUUUUGAGUUUUUCCAGUUACUGCUUCGAUUUGUAUCUGCUGGGUUUUUUUCUUGUUUUUUUUCAUAAGUGUGUUCUACUGGAAUUAAGCGACAUCUAGAAAACACUGGAAUACUACCAGGAGGGCAAAACUUAACUUUGCAAGCUUAAUUCCCUCCAAAGAUGUACAAAAAAAAACGUCUCUCAAUGUUAGUUGAGUGUUUGCUGUACGUUGAUCAGUGUUUGCUAUGAGAGGCUUUGUUUCUGACAGGUGGCUUCUUCUGUUUGACUUGACCAGAGAUGAUGAACUGCUACACUGAGAUGUUAAUAGAGAAUGAUAAAUAUAUAAAUAUGAAUAUAAAUAUAGAUCUAUAUAAUUUUUAUGUGCUGAUGUCAGUGUCACUGAAAGCAACAAACCAGAAAAGACUUGUUCAAAAAAAAGAAAAACGAUUCUGUUUAACUUCAUGUUCUGAUUCCAAAAGAGAAAAUGAAACUUGAAAUGUUGACCUGGUCCCAGUUGUGUUGUUACCAAGCUACUAAAAUAAUCAUACUGGAUUUGGAUAAUGUUCUGAUGUCAGGACAAUAAAUUACUCUGCGAUUUGGAGCCGUUUUCCUAUAUCCAAUAGACAUGCCACAAAAUCAUCAUUUUCACACCCGAACGAUUGUGCAUUCAAAGCAGAUACGCUGGUAUUACAGCUGGUUGGACACUAGGUGGUGCUAUGGGGCAAGGUUCACUACACAAUGGCCACGUACAUGCUGAAGCUAAAUUCGGUUGUCAAUUCACCUUUUAGUACUUUUUGUACACACACAGUACAGUAAUUUAUGGGAGUGACAACCACAUUCUACAACCGAAUUGACUCCUGAAAAAUGCAGGUAGUG